AUGGGAAACAGACAGUUCGGGAUGGGCUACGGAAUGGGUGCCGGCCAGUCCCGAGCGGGAUCGGCAUCGGAUGAGGAGCGGAUGAUGCAGGUCAUGAUGGCCUCCAUGCAGAUGCAGGACUAUCUCACAAUGUACAACUCUACCACGGAGAAGUGCUUCAAGAAGUGCGUCUUCAACCUCCGCACCCCACAGCUCGUUGAGAAGGAAGAGGUCUGCCUCAAUCGAUGCAUCGAAAAGAUGUCCCACUACAACCUGCGAUUUCAACAGAAGGUGGGCGCGGAGAGCGCGGCGUUGCGCGAGCAGCAGCAGAAGGAAGCCGAGCAGAAGCAGCAGCCACCAACCGAAGCCGCCCAGGCCGACAAAGAAGCCCCAUCAAGCAAGUAA